AUGAAUCAACAAGGCAAGAGAGAAAACAUCAAGUUAGGAGUGAUUCAAUGUUAUUUCAAUCUAGAUCGUCAAGAAUUGAAAAAAGAUAUUUCCGAGAAGGUAAAAGAAGCUGCUGAACAAGGCUCUCAUUUGGUCUUGUUACAAGAAUUAUUCAUGAUUCGAUAUCCUGGCGAUUUAACCAAGGAAGAUAAUCCCGAAGUAUUUGAUUGGGCAGAGAAUUUAACUGCAGCCAUUGAUGUCAUUUCCAAUAAUAAGAAUAUUAACCUCGAUCCUUCUUCAUCUAUGAACAGCAGCGAGAUUGAAAAAUUGAGUCCUUCAUUGGCAUUCUGUAGAGAAUUAGCUUUGAAGAAUAGAGUCUUUGUGGUUGGAAGUUUGUUUGAAAGGUAUGAAAAUCCACAAGAUCACAAGACUCACUAUUACAACACGGCUGUGAUUUUAAAUCCAGAAGGAGGUGUAUUGGGUAAGACAAGAAAACAACACAUUCCAUCAGGACCAGGCUAUAACGAAGUGGAUUUCUUUGAACCAGGAGAUAGUGAUUAUCCUGUUCAUGAUACUGGUAAAAUUAAAGUUGCAGUACCGACUUGCUAUGACCAGUGGAAUCCAGAGCUUGCACGAAUUUACGCACUCAAAGGUGCUGAGCUCAUUCUCUAUCCUACAUGCAUUGGUAAUGAGCCUCUAUAUCCUGAAUUAGAUACCGUGCCAAUGUGGAGAACGAUCAUGGUUUCUCAUACUAUUGCUAAUGGAGUUUUUGUGGCAGCUGCCAACAGAGUAGGAAGACAAAGUGCAGGUCCUCGUGUUCUUAAGGCUAUUGAAGAGAAGAAGGUGGAUAAUGCAAAGUUUGAGUUUAAUUUCUAUGGAUCCAGUUUUAUAUGCGCACCUGGUGGAAAGUUGUUGUCAGAAGCUCCUCGCGACAAACCAUGUGUCCUCGUUGCCACUCUCGAUUUCGAACAAAUGGAUUUGUGGAGAGAAGCUUUUCCAUUACUCCACCAACGACAGCCCCACACUUAUAGCCGGCUGUUGCAAGAGUAA